AUGCAGCAUGACUCGCAUUAUCACAAACUGGAAAGCGUACCGAGGGUACAACAGCGAAGCCAUCGACAAUGGCAAACAUCACAAACACAACAGCAAUUCCAACAGAAUUUUUCUCACCAACAACCUCAAAUGCAACAAGAAACAACAGAACCAAUGGAGGUAGACCCCUCUUCAACAAGAUUUAGACGACAACUAUACAAUCCACAACCGCCAAUGAACACUCAUCAGGGAGCAAGGCAAACACAGAAUGCGUUUAGACAAGUCAUCCAAAGAGUCGGCAACCAAUUCAAGUUCGACAGAGAAGACACGUCAAACUCGCAGCAGAGGAAAACACAACGCCUUAACCAAGUGGGAGACACAAAAGAAGACGACCAGGAGUCACUUUAUAAUGAAGCACCUAGUUGCAUUGCGACAAUGGACAGACAAGCAAUACUGACACUAAAUAUUAGGGAAUUGCAGCAAGCACUACGUGAACUAAAUAUUUUCACUACUGGACGUAAAGCAGAGUUGCAAACGAGACUGUUGUUGCACCAUGGUCAUGAGACACAUGAGGAUGAUGAAAAUGCUGAAUCAGUUAGUUCCUACGACGAUGUACCAAAUGCAAAUUUUACUGACACUGUGGCACCGAUAAGUAGAUCUAUUUUUACGUUUAAUGAUAUCCAAGAAAGCUUAACACAAUUUAGUGGUGACGAUAAAAUCGAUAUUCAGCAAUGGAUAAAUGACUUUGAGGAGAAUGCAUUGGUAGUAGGGUGGAAUAGUGUGCAGAAAUUUAUUUAUAAAAACAUCAGUAUGGGCGAGGCGCGCCGAAAAUAUAAAGAGCAACACCCUAUGCAAGUGGGCACAACUGUACCCUUUUCGCAAAUAAUUAACCACUCUCAUCACAAACAAACAAAACAAGCAGAAACCGAAGACAUAUCAUCAAAAAAUAUUCAAAAACAACACAGUACAACAAAUGCAUCGGCACUUACAGUGCAUCACCAUCCAACAUCCAACAACUACAAAUCAAAAGCCAAUAAUGAACAAAACAUCACUCAACACAAAGAUGGUCAUACAACACAAAAUUCUAAUAACAACAAUAUUACCAAUCAAACCUCUCAAGAGCAAUUGAUCUCACUUCUUUCUCGUUACACAUCUCAUAUCAACGAGAUCUCCGAAAUACCAACAACUUCAACAAUCACUGAUCAUAGCUACGGAGGAAACAACAACACAGACUUGUCAAACCAGUUCGAGGAUAUCUCUGAUAACAUUUAG